AUGACCCGCACUGAACGCGCCACGUCCCCUCGUGCUCUCUUGAAGGACCGUUCCGAAGCUAGGAACGGAUACGACAACUCUCUUCGUAAGGGAGGAGCAGGCGCACAUAACUGGGGCUCCCUCGAUGACGAGGGCAGGUUUGAGCGAGAGGGCCAAGAUGACGAGGCCGACGACUUCGACGAGGCUAAUAAGGAGGGAGAGGCUGGUGCCGCGAAACGCUCCGAAGACGUUAGGUCGGCGCCGACGAUAGCAAGGAGGACGAGUAACGUCACCGACGAGGACAGAGAGAACGCCAUUAACGUGCGUAAGAACGCCCUCAAGAACGGCAGCAUUGAUUUGGCUGCCAUCGCCCGCAGCUCUGCUGCCGUCUCUACCUCGCCCCCGAGGACCAUCGAAGUCACCCGUGACGCCGACACCGCCACCAUCCAGCAAUAA